UCUCUCGCUGCCUCUCUCUCUCUCUGGUUCUCAUCAUCCCCUGUGUGUCUGUCUCUCCAUCUCCUCCUCUCUCGCUGCCUCUACAUCUCUGGUUCUCAUCCUCCCCUGUGUGUCUCUCUCGUGUGUGUGUGCCCGCAUCUCCCUCCGAUCCCCUCCUCCUCGCUGCCUCUCCUUCUGUCUCCUCCUAUCGCGUCUCCACGCUGCUAGGGGGGGGGGGGUUGCUUGGAAGCCCCCCACCACCCCACCCGCUCCUCCUCCUCCCCCUUCCCCGGAGUCGUCUGCAGAAGCCGCCAGCAGCAGCAGCGGCACCACCCCCAACCAGCCCCAAGGAUCCCGGCAGUCGCAUCGGUCACCGCCUUGCCCUGCUCCCCCUGCCCCCGGCUUCGCACGCAUGCCUCCUGGGGAGUGGGAAGACGAUGGACGGUGAUGCCCAGCACUGCGUGGAAGCCACAGAAGUCUUCCCCCACGGCCUCUAAGUGGUGGCACCAGCUGCCUCCUCCGCCCCCACUUCCUCCUCCAACUUCACGAUCCGCAGGCGCUUGUGCCCGGCGUCUCCCCGAGCUGCCUUCCUGCCACCGGCUGCCAUCGCUGCCCUCGCGGCGGCUCCUAAUCUCGAUCGCCCCCCCCCCCCCCGCUGCCGGCGGCGGCUCGCGGUCGCGGCGGCCAUGAUGAAUAUGCUGAAGCCCAGUGGCCUCAAGGCGCCCAACAAGGUCGGCCGCUCCGGCUUCUCCUUCGGCCGCUCUCCCUCCUCCUCCUCCUCGUCCUCCGCGGCUGCUGCAGCCACGGCCCCUGCUGCUGCCACCGCCGUCUGUGCCGCAGCUGCAACGCCGGCGUCGCCAACGACGACGAUGAGCGGCACCUCUGCCAAACCGCCGGCGGCAGGGCACGUCCCGGGCACGUCGAGCCCCACGCACACCGACUCGACUCGCGCCAAACCCAGCAAGGCCGCACCCACUGACGACGGAGACUCGGAGGAGCGGGAUGAAUUUAUCGACGACUUCAUCAUCGGCGAGCGCGUUUGGGUGAACGGCAGCAAGCCCGGCCACAUCCAGUACCUGGGCGAGACGCAAUUCGCGCCGGGCCAGUGGGCCGGCAUUGUCCUGGACGAGGCCACGGGCAAGAACGACGGCGCCGUCUCCGGCGUGCGGUACUUCAUGUGCGAGGCCGGGCGCGGCAUCUUCACGCGGCCCUCCAAGUUGUCGCGCCGCCCGCUGGCACCGGGGUCAGCGGUCGAUGGGCGCUGCGCGUCUCCCGCAGCGACGCCGCUGCACGGGCAGGCGUCGGCGGGCGGAGGAGCGGCUCGCUCCAGCUCCACGACGCCGCUCACCACGCCGCGUUCCUCCUGCUCCGCCCUCUCCUCGCGCGACGCCGGCCUCCUCUCCUCCUCCUCCAACGUCGCCGCAGCCGCCGUCGCCACCACAGCAGCCGCCGCCGUCGCCGCGGCCGUAGCGUCGGGACCUUCCAACCUGGCGCGCACCGGCAGCCAAUCGGUGGGGAACCUGUCGGAGAGCGGCUCCGCCAAGAGGGCGGAGCGCGACCUCAAGAUGGGAGACCGCGUGCUGGUGGGCGGCACCAAGGCGGGCGUGGUGCGCUUCGUCGGAGAAACGGACUUUGCCAAGGGCGAGUGGUGCGGCGUGGAGCUCGACGAGCCGCUCGGGAAGAACGACGGCGCUGUCGCCGGCACCAGGUACUUCCAGUGCCAGCAGCGGUACGGCCUCUUCGCUCCGAUCCACAAGGUGGCGAAGAUCGGCUUCCCGUCGACGUCUGCGCGUCGCAAGAUGAAGCGAGCGUCGGCCUCGGGGUUCUCGUCGCUACGCCACAGCCCCAGCAGCUCGACGGUCAGCUCGCUCAGCUCCGUGGCCUCGUCGGUCGGAGGGCGGCCCAGCCGCACGGGCCUGCUGACGGAGACGAGCUCGCUCUACUCGCGUAAGAUCGCGGGCAACACGGCGCUGCAGGAGGCGCUCAAGGAGAAGCAGCAGCACAUCGAGCAGCUGCUGGCCGAGCGCGACCUGGAGCGCGCCGAGGUUGCCAAGGCGACCACCACCGUGGCUAACCUCGAGCGUGAGCUCGGUGCCCUCAAGACAACGCACGACAAGUCCACCGCGGAGAUGGCGAUGUGCCUGUGCGAGCUCAAGGCGGCGCUGGAGGUGACGGGCAGGGAGAAGGGUGAGCUCAUCUCGCAGCUGGAGGAAGAGCGAAGGAGAGUUGAGGACCUGCAGUUCUGCGUUGAGGAAGAGUCCAUCACGAAGGGGGAUCUCGAGGCGCUCACGAUGAGGGAGAGGUCGCGUAUGCGGGAGCUGGAAGCUGAGCUGGCGCUGCGGAGGUCGGAGGUCGCCGAGCUGAGGUCGCGGCUCGGGGAGGGCAGCGCAACACCGUCGGCCCGCACCCCCGACGGCGGCGGCAUCGGCGCGGACACCGGCGGCAUCUUGAGCCUCCAGCAGGAGCUGGACGGGCUGCGUGAGCAGCUGCAGGCCGUGAGCCAGGGCCACCAGCAGGAGGUGAACGUUCUUAAGGAGCACCUGCUGACCACCCAGCGGGACCACCAGGCCGAGCUGCUCAAGCUGCGUGCCGCCAACGAGCAGCUGUCGGAGGAGGCCAAGAUCCUGCAGGCGCGGUAUGAGCGCGCCGGCAGGGAGAACCAGGAGAACCUGGAGCAGUGGAGGGGCCGGCUGGAGGCCUUGGCGCAGGAGCACCAGAAAGCCAUGGAGGAUUUGAGGACCUCCCUGGUGUCCGGCUGCGAAGCCCACCGCAGGGAAAUUGCCGAGCACAGGUCCGUCGUUGAGAGCUUGAAGGCCGAGGGCCGCCAGGAGCUGGAGGUUUGGAGGGCCAAGCACAGCGUGGAGGCGGGCGCCGUCGCCAAGGAGAGGGAGCAAAUGCGUCGCGAGCUCGAGGAGGUGCAGGAGGAGAAGGAGAAGGAGAUCGAGCGGCUGAGGGCGCAGAUCGAGCUAAUCACGGACCAGCACCUGGUGGAGCUGGAGGAGACAUUGAGCAAGCAGCACGACGCGGAGGAGAAGCUCAAGGAGCUGGAGGAGCAGCAGGUGGUCGGCCAGGAGGACGGCGACGUCCUCAUGUCCCUCCGCGCCAAGCUCGCCGUGGCCGAGCAGAAGACCAAGGACUACGAGAGCCUGCGCGAGGAGGUGGCCCACGGUCGCGAGGAGGUCUCCAGGCUGCAGGAAAAGCUCCAUACCCUGGAGGACAUCAAGGUGGCGGUCAACAACAAUACGCAGGACAUGAACGGGACUCUGGAGGGCGGUGACCAGAAGCUGGAACACGCCGUCAAGGACCUGCUCUCGAAGCUGAGCAGCAAGGAGGAGGAAUGCAGAAGCCUCGGCCUGCAGCUUGAGAAGGCCCAGCUGCAAGUAUCAGACGUGAAACAGAAAUCGGCGGCGGGGGCCAACGAGCCGGCCAGCCUCAACGGCGCGGUGCCGGAGCCCGCAGUGGCCGAGCGGACAUCCCCGCUGCCCCCCACGGACGGGGACGCCGCCGGGGACGCCGCCGGGGACGCCGCCGUGGACGAGCUGGGAUCGGACCUGAGGCUGCGGCUCUCCGAGGCGCAGAAGAUGCUGGAGAGCUCCGAGCAGCGCAACCAGCAGCUGCAAGCCCUCCUGGAGGCCUUCCGGAGUGCCAAAGACAGGCGAAGCGCUGCCGACUUGGAAGACGGCGACCGAAGAACGAGCGAAGCAGACCCUCACUGACCCCGCCACCCACCCGCCCCCCACCCCGGCUGCCCCUCACCUCGGUCGCCACCCCACGUCUCCCUCGCGACUCCCUCCUUCUCCCCCCCCACACACGCACGCACGUUACAGACGAACGGCUCCUGGGCUGUAGCGCGCAUAGUGCCAAACGCUCGACAGAGUACCACCCUGCCACACCGCCACCCCACCACCACCCCUACUUCCCCCUUCUUUCGUCUGUUUGAGUAGGCGCCGCCGCAAGUAAUCGUGCGUUUGUUGCAAUUACAAUACAAUUUGUAUUUAUAUAGCGGUGUAUAAAUGCAAGCGCAUUUCAAUACACUGUACGGCAUACAGUGUGCGUAUUUAUUUUGUAGAGAGGGGCAGUCAAUCAUAUUGCAAAUGAAACAUGGAUGGAUCUUGAGUUUGGACUUGAACAGAGGCAGGGAGUUAACAGCACCAAUGGCUGGGGAAAAGGAGUUCUACAGUAUGGGGUUGCAGCAAAGGAGAAGGAGUGACCUCCCAUCGAGCGACGGUUGAGCGGGAGUAAUUGAUAGACUUCCUCGAUUGUUGGAACGGAGAGCUGGCCUGUUGUCCUUCUGGAGUCAUCUGUGCGUCUUUCCUGUCUUUGCCUCACUUCCUUGCCUGGCUCCUCACUCACUCAUUCACUGUCUUGUUAGAGGAGGAGGUGGUGGUGGUGAUGAUGAUGAUGGUGGCCAUCAUCGACUGAGCAAGGCCAGAGUUGCCAAGUGGCCGGGUUCAAUUGUUCGUAAGCACAAGUGGCCAUCGUAGGUUAUAAGCUCACGGGCACCAGUGGCAAGCGCGUCUCAUCUUUGUUCAUCAACAAAAUAAUGCUCUGUGCUCAGCGUGCGAGGAACUAACAGAUAAUUGCCAGGUCUGAUGAGAGGGGAUGGAAAGAGGGUUGGUUACAACUGCACCAGCGCCGCAAGCACAUGGUGGCAGAGGCAGCGGGGGGUUGGAGACACAAACAUUACAAUAAUUUAUUUGUCCGAUUUUACGGGAAAGAAUUGGGACCCAUAGCCAAUAUUCUACUGGCCGGGUGGCUCAGCGGUAGAGCGAGCCGCUCGCAAUUGGAAGGGCGUGAGUUCAAAUCCAGGUUGGUGGAUGACUCAUCCCAUCAUCCCUCUGGGAUAGAUAAAAUUAUUACCACCUUUUGGGCGAAGUAACCGUUGGUUGUCCUAUGGAUAGCAUCGUCCCCUGCCAUAAAGUGUGGAAUUUCCGACCACUGGCUCAGGGCUGUGAACAGGAGAUAAGCACCAAUGCCUCAAUGCUCAUUAAGAGAAAGGAAUCAGGUUGUUGUUUUUUUUACACUUCAGCCAACGUUAUGCACCGGGGAACCAGAUUUCUCUCGAAGGGACUGGUUAUCGGCAAGUUGCUAUCGUAAAACACGAGAUUUUCGAGUCGAAAAAAAAACUCGAUCAUUUUUUGCCUCUGUUGGGGUGGCCGGGGGUGGCUGCCCAGGCAAGGCAAAGCGCCGAUCCCACGGAGAUAACCCAGACUCCAGCGCCAAACAAUAGCUUGUGAAUCGACAUCUCGUAAACAGCGAGCGUGGUUUCCCUCGCUUGAACCAUUCUAGUGGCGCCGCUUCUGUUCGCGGCGUCGGCUGCGUUGAUGCUGACCGGUGUUUGCAAGCGAUGGCCUUAAUUCUUUUGAAAGUGCUUGCGGGGCCUUGUCAUGCAGGCUCGCAACCGUACGUUGUCCCUCCAUGCGUAGCACUUUAGGUUGGACUGCACGUUGGCGCAUUUUUUCACUCAAGCUUUCGCCACGCACCACUGAGGGCAUCUUCAUUUUUCCGCUCCUGGACUUGAAUUCCCGAUGGUGCCCACAGUAGCACGUGGUGAGGACCUGAGAGACGAAAGGCUCGGCACAUAACCCAACCUGGAAAACUGCACCGGGACAACGUGUGGCUGCGGGAAAAAAAAAAACCCUUCGUGCAACCAUAGGUUGCUCUGUUAAGCAACUGCGUUCCCCCCAAAAAUUGCCUAAUUGCCACGUGCCACUUUUAAAUGAGCAAUUUUUUAAAACUUUAUUUUUCGUUUUAAUCUAUGCGUUACGAAGAAGGGAGAGAAUUUGCGGGACAGCCAUGCCCCCGAUUAGCUUGCUUGAAUAUAGGAUAUCCACGAGGAUCAGCGAUGCAGUGCAUUAAACGCCUUCGCCCAAGAUGCGCUGAGACUUGUCCGACAGUUCAAAUGCAAUGAAACAACACAAAAAACCACAACCGAUUAAAACAUUCGUGCGAAAACGAGUCGAUCACGAACAAAAUCGGCCCAUUUAAAAACAAAAAAACGUUUUAAAAUGUUUCUGUCGUUCGCCGACGCGCCAUGGAGCACGCGAGCAUGGCGCCGCCGAUCGCACGGCCCCGUCCAUGCCGCUGGCCGCGCCGCGUCUGGAGCCGCACUGAGCAGCGUCUUCUAAAGACCGCAAUGAGGUUGCAGCGUCGUCGAACGUCCGGCGCGGGUAGAAAACGCGUAGACCGUCUAACACCCCCCGACCCCCGACCCUCGUUCGCGCGAACCCUACGCCGCUAUAACGCCCCUUGCAUGUGUCUUUCCGUCUGUGUGAUCCAAUGGUAAAAUAUUAUAACGUUAGUCAUUUAUUAAUCGUAUAAUAAUAAUCAGAACAGUAACAUCAUCACGGCAAGACGCGGUAACACGUUUGAGCGGCCACAUGGCCCAUGCCACAGAUGCUUGGUUUUCCCUUUACCGUCGUAGCGUAAGGGAGCAUGGGACUUUGCUUUUGUGCGAGGCCCCCUGGAAACGUUGGUUUGGUGUGUUGCUGUGUUGUGUGAGAGAGAAACUGUGUGCGAGUUUAUACACCUCCGGCCCAACUUGUUACCGACACCACACCUGCAUUGUACAUAACACCACAGUCGUCACUAAUUUACGUUGUCCUUUGGUCACUCCAUUACUUUGAUCGCAUUUUGAGUCGUCAGCGAAUCCUUCCCGCGCGUUGUCGUCAGCCACGUCGCUCGCGCGCUCGCUGCACUUUGAGUGCAAUUGUAGCUGCGGGUGAUCGACGCUCGUUCACUUUUAAACGGUCGCUGCGCGCUACAACGCAUGUAUCCUCGCUAUAUUAUCUGCUCCUCGCGGUAGUUAAGAGUUGAAGACGAUGAAGAAGAAAAAAAACAACGAUGAUGGCAAAAGGUAAAUAAAGGCAAAUAUUUGUAAGGAC